GCUUAGAAGAUUGAAAGCUAAAGCAGUUACUGUCUUUUUAAAUAGAUAUUGGUGUUCAGGUAGUUAGUGGGUGAUGGACUGGAGAGGGGUUUUUUGGUUAUAAAGUCCUAUGUGGUAGUGAUAGAAUCUAAGGCUAAUAAUGAGGAUAAACUAUUUCUGCUGAAAGAGGGUUAUAACCAAAUGAAUGAAGUUUUUAAAAUUUCAUCCUCACAUUUUAUAUUCCAGUGCAAGAAUUGGUUAGAAUUAUGCAGUUCUAUGGCUUCUGCCUCAAAUAGUAACCUGUGAUUAUUGCCGUCUCUCUCUUUGCAUUUGAUUGAAGAAAAAGAUUCUGACAGAGUUGUUCUCCUUUUAUCUUCUCCAAGGGCUCUUUGAAGAAAUACAAUGUUAAAAAUGUUUCAUGAUUGGAAGCAUGAAAAGGGAAAGCAAUGAGUCCCAGAAAAUCCUUGGAAACACCAAACAAUUGAGCUGAUACAUGUGCUUAUGCAUUGAGCCUGAAAUUCACAGUCAGAUUCCUGUGACUGAAUCUGAACAUGUAAGGAUCAUGACUGAAACUGCAGUUUGCCUUGGAACAUUCACUGCUGUGAAGACACUUUGGGAAGUGAGAAUACACAAGAUAAAUGAAGAAUUACAAAAAGAAAAGGAAUUCAGACAGAGGUCUGCAGGAAGGCUACUACUUGUCUGGGAGGAGAGAGCUGCUUUAGCAAAGCUCAAAGAAAAAGUUGUUAAUGAAGAUGGAAGAGCAAUUUUAAGGAUAGAGGAAGAAGAAUGGAAGACACUACCAUCAUGCAUACUGAAACUAGCCCAUCUCCAGGAAUGGCAGCUUCACAGAACUAGUUUGCAGAAAAUUCCUCAGUUCAUUGGAAGAUUUCACAAUCUCGUUGUUCUGGAUCUAUCCCGGAACUCAAUUGAAAGUGUACCUAAAGAAAUUGGCCAGCUGACUAGCCUCCAAGAGCUGCUUCUCAGUUACAACAGAAUAAAGUCUGUUCCUAAGGAAAUAAGUAACUGCGUCAGUCUGGAAAGAUUGGAACUUGCUGUCAACAGGAGUAUCUGUGAUCUUCCUUCUCAGAUUUCACUUUCUUUUCAGCUCAGUGAUUUAAAGAAGCUUUCACACAUAGAUUUGUGCAUGAAUCAGUUUACUACCAUCCCUUCAGCUCUUCUGAACAUGCCAAACCUGGAAUGGUUAGAUAUGGGGGGAAAUAAACUCCAACAGCUUCCUGAUGCGAUUGACAGAAUGGGAAAUCUCCACACUUUAUGGCUCCAAAGGAAUGAGAUAAACUCUUUGCCAGAAACCAUUGGUAAUAUGAAAAACCUUAGUACUCUUGUUCUUAGCAACAACAAACUUAAGGAUAUUCCAGCUUGUAUGAAGGACAUGACAAAUCUGAGAUUUGUCAACUUCAGAGACAACCCACUGGAGUUAGAGGUAACACUCCCUCCAUGUGAGAAUACAGAAGAGGAGGAGCAACAGGAAAUGUUUGGCAUUGAAUUCAUGCACAUGUAUAUCCAGGAGUCACUAAAGAAAACAGGAAACUUGGGAAGUUGUACUUCUGGUCCUUCUUCUAUCAUAAAUGCUAAUGAAUAAAGAA